CCCAGCCUGUGGGUGGUGGUCCGAGGUUUUCAGAGUCCCCCUCCCCAGUAUUGGAAGCAGGGGCUGCCCUUAGCCCGGGAGAAGUGGCCAAAUGGGGCCGAACCCCCUCCGUGGAACAAAGAAUUAGUGGGAGGCUUGAAGCCCCUUCCCAGACAGUGGGCCACCUGCUGUGCGCCUUCUCCCUCUUUCCCCCCUGACUGCUAGAAGGAGCUUUUGUUUCUGAGCCAGCUUUGACGGUUCCCUCCCCUUUGCUUCAGGUCCCUGAUGAAAGAGCCGGCAGGACACCUGCCUCCUGUUGAAUGCCAGCUGGUGCUGGGGGGUAUGCAGCCUGGUUGUGGGCCCAGAAACUGGCUGGACCCCCAGGCUCCACACUGGGCACAGGCUCCCGUCCCACAACCAGCGGGGCUCCCAGACAACAGCAACGGGUGGAAGUGACUGGAGGCAAAGAAAUGUUGGCGAGUAUUUCGAGGAGAUACCUAGGGGUGGGAUUGCUGUUUGAUCCUUUGAAGAGUUGCCAGACUGUUUCCAAAGUGGCUGCACGAGUCUUCGUGGCAGGACUGUUACUGCACGCUGGGUCCUGUGCUGGUCCUGUCCAGCAGAGUGGUGUUGACUUUGCUGCACAGUGGCCCUGGGGCCCAAGUGGGAAGAAGUUCCGCAGCAAGCCACAGCUGGCGCGGUACCUGGGCGGCUCCAUGGACCUGGGGGCCUUCGACUUCCGGACGGGCAAGAUGCUGAUGAGCAAGAUGAACAAGAGCCGGCAACGGGUGCGCUAUGACUCCUCCAACCAGGUCAAGGGCAAACCUGACCUGAACACAGCCCUCCCUGUCAGGCAGACAGCAUCCAUCUUCAAGCAGCCAGUGACCAAGAGCUCCCACCAUCCCAGCAACAAGGUGAAGAGUGACCCCCAGAAGGCUGUGGAGCAGCCCCGGCAGCUCUUCUGGGAGAAGAAGCUGAGUGGCCUGAACGCCUUUGAUAUUGCUGAAGAGCUUGUGAAGACCAUGGACCUCCCUAAAGGUCUGCAAGGUAAACCCAGACCCCAGGACGGAAUGGGACCCGGCUGCACAGAUGAAACCCUGCUCUCGGCCAUAGCCAGCGCCUUGCACACCAACACCAUGCCCAUCACUGGCCAGCUCUCAGCUGCCGUGGAGAAGAACCCUGGAGUGUGGCUCAACACAGCCCAACCCCUCUGCAAGGCUUUCAUGGUGACUGAUGAAGACAUCAGGAAGCAGGAGGAACUGGUACAGCAGGUUCGCAAACGGCUGGAAGAGGCGCUGAUGGCUGACAUGCUGGCCCAUGUGGAGGAGCUGGCCCGGGAUGGUGAGGCGCCGUUGGACAAGCCAGGUGCGGAAGAGGAGGUAGAAGAUGAAGAGGAUGAGGAGGAGGAGCCUGACCAAGACCAGGAAAUGGAGCACAUGUAGAGCAGGUGUAGGUGGACCCCAGGCUACAGCAUGUGCUUGGGUAGUGACCACAGGGGGAAGAGACAAUCCAAGAGUUCUUGGACCUGUUCCACGCUGGGCAUUGGCUGUGCUCGGAGAGCACCUGUCUCCCUGGAGGAGCCCAGGGUGGCCUGGCCCUCCCUGUCCUUCCAGAGGCCCUGCCCGAGCCAUGCCUGUGUGGGGCACUUACAGACUCAGCCCUUGCCCUCAUGGGACCAGGCUUGGGGGGAAGGUGGCCCUCCUCCCUUCCCAGGCAUGUCCACUCCCCCGGCCACUAGGACACCUAGGGUCAUGGCUGGAGGAUGGUCCCCGGCCCUGCAAACCCCCACGUUUGCUCUUCUUUGAAGGGCCAGACUUCUGAAAGUGCUGGUUGCUCCUGGACCCUGCCUGCAGGGGUAUGGCUCCUGGAUGCAACUGGGCCUCUGGACUCACUGUCACCAUCCUGAGCUCAGAAAAGGGUUUUUGAAACAGGCUUACCUCCCGAUCUUGAGUGUGAGGGACAAUCCUCUGGGCCAGACUGUCAGCCCUCCCAGAAAGGGUUGCAGGGUGGUUCCCCGAGUGACCAUCCAGCUGAGCAAAGCCGUGACACUCGAGUGUCUGAAAGAAAGCGGCACAGCCCAGAGGUUUUCCUUCAAUAAAUCGGUGGUACAAACGAG